AUGGGACACACACAUGCAGUGACAGAGGACCAGCUGCUGGUGGCGCUCUUCAAACGCGUCGUUGUCAUACCCAGCAGACGCCCGUGGGUGGCGGAGCAGCCCCAGACCAGCGCUCGGGACGCUCUGGCGGACUGCGCUCUCAUUGGCCACCCUAGUUAUCUCUGCCAGCUGCUUCGUAAACAAAACAACAACAGAGGCGAUCCGUGCAGCCGCUGUCCACCGAGAAUAAAAAGCAUGCGAAAGAAGCAGACUGCCAAACAGAGGAAGACUGAGGAUUCAUCAGUUAUCCAGAAGUUUGUUGUUGAAAGAAUAAUACGCCGACGCGUCUCCAAUGGAAGAGUAGAGUAUUUUCUCAAGUGGAAAGGCUUCACUGAAGAGGACAACACAUGGGAGCCUGAGGACAACCUGGACUGCCCUGAGCUCAUCGAAGCGUUCCUCGUCACAAACGCACAUCUGAGCGACAACCCUGAAGAAGAGCAGAGCGAAGUCAUGCCCAAAGAAGAGGGCGCCGAGCAGGAGACGGAGAUAUCUCAGCAGCAGACUGACAGCCUCCUCCAGCCGCACUCAGACCUGUCAGACUGCAAACCUCUGCCCAGCUCUCGCCAGGAGCCUGAAUGCAUCAUCGGCUCCACAGACCGACGAGGAGAGCUCAUGUUUUUAGUCAAAUGGAAAAACUCUGAGGACGUGGCGCUGUUGUCGGCGCGAGAGGUGAGCGCUCGCACCCCGCAGGUGGUCAUCGACUUCUACGAGCAGAAGUUGACAUGGCACGAGGACGAGCAGUGCGAGAAGCAAAAAGGCCCUCAGCUCCUGGCUCCGGAGAGCAGUGUCCCCUCUGUGUAA